CACCCAAAUGCAUAAGUACUGCUAAAAACCAUUUCGAUAGGCAUAUUGAACACCACCCGCUCAGGGUCGCUCCCCGAACACGCCAUUUGGGUAGUCCCUGAUGUGAUACCGGACAGUGGACUCCAAUCCGGACCCCAAACUGUAUCGUACUGUACAUACAACCGCUCAUCAAAUACGCCGCCUGGGAAAACAGUGUACUCUAUCUGGCCACUAAACGACACCAAAAACUUAGUAACUUCGUUGUCUUUCAUUGAAAAAAAUUUUUUUAAUACGCUGUACACAAUAACAUAAACGCAACCACAUCCCUAGCAUUGACAGCAAUACAAACAAAACAAUGGUUCCUAUAGCAACAGAUGUUGCUAUACCAACCAUAAAAAUUCAAUUUGUCUGUGGUUUUUAGUAAUAUUAAAGUUGAGGUUAUUUAAUUCUUAUUUUUAAAGAAGAUAUUUUAAAAUUUUCGUUCAUAUUUCAAGAAUAAUUUUAUUAAAAUAUGAUGCAAAAAUUGCGUCAUCCAUAGACAACUUACUUCCGUUGAACUGUUUUACCGACAUGCUUUUAAGUUUUGUCACAAGAUGGCACUGUAUGUGCUUUCAAAAUCCCAAUCGGCCACCAUUGUUGAAGGCGAUUUUACCCAAUAGUUUGAUGAUUUUUUCCUUUUUUGUGAUACUUUACGGUGAAAUAUAGCAUUUUCUUUAAAAAGGUACAGUGACAAGUAUUCGGUAAAUCUAAAUCAGAACAUUUUAAGCUGUAAUAGUGGUUAAAUUCAAAACGUAAAUGCGUUCAAAAUGUCACGCGAAGCGAGCAUCAGAUUCGAGAACACCAUACCAUGCACCAAAUAAUUCUAGUUUUCUUUGAACUGAGUUCUAAAUGACAGUGAAAUAAAAGUGUCCCUUAAUAGAAAUACUCGUGGUAUGCAGUGGAUACUAAGAAUUUUAAUGGGCACACAUGAAAACGUUUCAGAAGUUUCUGUACACGUCGUAAAGGAGCGCAGUUACGCGGGCGAAGGCUUCUAAGUUGCCGGCAUCAUUAUGGUGGACUGAGAGAGUGUUUGUUGACGAUUUUGUGUUGAGUACGUGUUGUAAACAUUGUCGCGACGACUCCGCGCACGAUGUCUGGUGGCUCGCAGCACAACCCCAACGGACGGCAAUCUCAAUUGGGCCCCGGUUGGAGCCCCCUGCAGGUGUUACAGGUGGCGAACUUCCUCGCGCGCGCGCCGCAGGUGCACCUGCCCGCCGACCGGGGCGUCACGUGGCACACGCCCACGCCGCCGCCCCACCUCUACCAUGUGCCGGCGCCUUCGCCCCCGGACCCGCUACAGGCGAUGAAGAGCGUUGGCAGCAACUCAGUGUUCCGGCACAGCGCCACGCCCCCGGAACUGUUCCGGCACACGCCCACACCGCCGGACAAACAUUUGAUGAGACACACGCCAUCGCCUGGCGACGUAAAAGGCGGGGCUCCCCUCCCGCAGGCCGAGCUGUACCCGCACCUGGGGCCCGGCAGAGGUACGAUCGAUGACUACAUUAACAAUAGAGAGAAACACGUCCGGCCCGAAGAACUACUAGCGUACGCGCGCGUGGGCGUAGAUCUAUCGCUGAGCGGUCGCGCGAACGGCUCGCCUUCAUCUCCCGCGCUGUCAGUCCGCGACGCGCCCACGAUCAACAGCCUCAUAGCCCGCGCGGCACGUCCGCCGCACGCGCGGGUCGACGCGCUACUGGAGCGUUUGGCACCCGCGCCGGCGCCCGCUGCGACGAUGUCAGCGCAUGCGCCCGCGCCCGCGUCGCCGCUGUCAGUGAUAGUGCACCCGAGGGCGGCACCCACGCCCUCACCGCCUUCGUCCAACGAGGAUUCGGCGGACUCGUGCGGCGCCCCGCCGGGCUCCAAACGGAAACGGAAACCGGAGCGGACCAUCCGCGUGCCCUCUGCCCCGCCCCUCGCGCCCUCCCCCUCACCCGCCGUCACACCCUCUCCCGCACUCUCAGUCACCGCCACCCCCGCGCCCGCCCCCUGUCCGGUGCCGCCGGAAACACCCGAACCCGCCCCGACAGCUCCCGAACCUACUCGCGACCUCUCACCAAUACCCACUACCACCCCACCAUCACCGAAACCGAUAGAAAACGGCGACACCCUCCACGCGAAGUCCAACGGCCCCGAGAAACCACAAACGCCGCCGCCUCCGCCGCCGCCGCCGACAAGAAGAAAAACGCGAUCCGGAUCCGCCGAAACCAUAGACGAUAUCGCCGCCAUGAUCGCCAGCACCGAUCGAGCCGAUCCCCCGGUCCCCGCCCCACCUCAACCCGUAGAACCGGUUACCGUAGACAACUUGAAGAGCGUACUCGCAAGCCCUGAACCCAGAGCCGAAGAAAGAAGCGAGGAGCUCCCGGAACCCCCCGUAGUGGAAACGGCAGCGGCGGCGGCACCCCGCAGACGAAGCGCCCGAACUUCCAAUUCGGAAACAGCGAACGUCCCAAUCGAAUCGCCUUCGGAAGCGAAACCCGCCGAACCGGAAACGAGCGAACCCACAACCGUCGAACCGACGGCUGCGAGCUUCGUCGAAGUCGAGAAUCAGCUGGAGAAAAUGUUCGCCGGCAUAGAGGAGCAAGAGCCUUCAGACGAAACGAAACCCGAGCAGGAGACGGCCAAGGCGAAGAAACGGAGAAAAUCGGCGCCAACCAAAGGUGAUAGGAAGGCUGCGAGAAGGGCAAGCAGGGCUUCCACUGCGGACGAGGGGCCCCGCAGGAAGAAUCCCAGGAAGAAAGAAACCAAGGCCAAGAAGAGAGACGCACCUGUUAAAGACGCUUACGAUUCUGGAAGUAACGCCAGCUCGAGCCGAUCCAGAGGACCAUACAUACAGAUCCGCGGCCCGCGCGACUCACCACUAUCUGUGAGCGUGAUAAACGCCCAAACAGGGGAAGAAGAAGACCCAAGCACGACGCGUCGCAAAACGGGCGAAGAGUUCCGGAACGGUUUACGCGCGCGCGGUUUACACGCCAGCACUUUGGGGCUUAGAUACGACGCUACUACGCCCGACGCCACGUGGCGAUGCGCCUUCUGCGACCGCGGGCCUCACGCCCAGGGCCUCGGGGACUUAUUCGGCCCCUACACCAUCGACAACGACUGUGAAGAGUACAGGUCAGCGGAGGAAUGCCUGCGCCGCGAGUACCGAACAGCGGGCGCGAGUGAGGUGUGGUUCCACGAGGCAUGCGGUGUUUGGGCGCCCGGCGUUGUCGCGGCCGGCGCGCGUUUAUGGGGCCUCGGCGCUGGCGUUUGGGCCGCGCGCUGCCACGCCUGUAUGCACUGCCGGCGGCCGCCUGCGCCGCUAGCUUGCACCGCGCGCGGUUGUGUCGCGCGUGCGUCGCUACCCUGCGCCCGUCAAGCUGACUGGCAGCUAGACGACGAUACGUUCCAAGCCCGCUGCCCCGUGCACAAGCCGUAGAACCGUUUGUGAAGUGUUAGUGAAAUGGAACGUUCUCCGCGCGCUUACCAUUUGAACUCGCGAAAAGUCAGCAGUGCAUAAGCCGUAGAACCGUUUGUGAAGUGUUAGUGAAAUGGAGUGUCCUCCGCGCGCUCACCAUCUGAACUCGGGACUAGCCAGCAGUGCUUGAGCCGUAGAACCGGUUGUGAAGUGUUAGUGAAAUGGAACGUUUUGCGCGCGCCUUACCAUCUAAACUGGUGACUAGCUAGCGGUGCACAAGCCAUAUAACCGUUUGUGAAGUGUUAGUGAAACCAUGUAAACUGAAAAAACUUUGGUCUGAAAUUAUCGUCGCUCGCGGCAAUUACUUGCCUCCCUGCCCUGCACCCGACAAGCUGACUGGCAGCUAGACGAUGAUACGUUCGAAGCUCGCUGCCCCGUGCACAAGUUGUGAAGUGUUAGUGAAAAGAACGUUGCGCGCGCCCACCAUCUGUACCCUUAGUACGAGUUUGAGCACAAGAAAACUAUCAUAGUUUUCGUAAUUGUAAAUUAUGUUUCUAUGUCCAUUUUUGGUGAAAAGUAACCAAAUAUACCUAUUUAAAAUUUAAGAAGACGCAAAUGAUUUAAUGAUAGAACUUAAACACUGUUUAUAUGUAUUGAAACGAAAAUAAUAAAAUCAGUUACCUUAGUACGAGUGCAAGCUCAUUGUAAAACUUGUACUAAGGGUACUGAACUCGAGACUAGCCUCUGGUGCAUAAGCCGUAGAACUAUUUGUGAAGUGUUAGCGAAACGAACGUUUAGCGCGCGCCCACCAUCUGAACUCGCGACUAGCCACCAGUGCACAAGCCGUUGACCGUUUGUGAAGUGUUAGUGAAACCACGUAACCUGAAAAAACUUUGUGUGGCACGGCAAUUACUACUUCCAUCUUCUUCCAUCCCACGCGUGCCUACGCCUCGAUCACGCAUGUGUUGCAUCGCGCGCGAGUAUACUGGCUACUAGAUGAUGACAUGUUCCAAGCCCGAUGCACAAGCCUUAGAACUGUUUGAAGUGGCAUUGAAAUCAAUUAAACUCGAGAAUGUGUGUGAAAUUGUCGCCACUCGAGUUUAUACUACUCCAUCCAACGCGUGCUCACGCUUCGAUCACGCGUUUGUUUACCGUAUAGUGCGUCACUACUACCCUGCGCUAGGGGAGCUGGAUGGCUACUAAAUGAUAAUAAUAUAUUCCAAGCGUGCUGCCAGGUACCCAAGCCAUAAAACUGUUUGUGAAGCUAUAGUGGUUUCACCAUGUAAAUUUGCGACUAGCCACCUCAUCCGUAGAACUGUGUGUGAAAUUAUCGCCGCUCGCGUCUAUACAACCCCAAUCUCCAUCCCCAGGGACGUAUUUCCCCUAGGGCCGUCGCCCUUGUCGGCAGAAGCCAUAUAAAGGCAUUCGCUACAGACCUGUAUUUUGAUUUGAUUUACUAGUUCUAGGUUUGCCAACCCAAUCGUAAAUAACCCGAGGCGGUGGAUUUUAAAACACGCCCCUGUCCAUCCCACUUGUGCCCCAUCUCAAAUCACGCAUGUAAACCCUGCAUGAGGAGAUCUGGCUGCACAAACCAAAAAACAACACGCGUUUUUAAAAUUAUAGUGAAGGAAACCUCCAUUUACUCGAUCCCGCGCUCUCACGCCUAUAUCCACUGUCACCGUUCACCCACUUGCUCGUACGUACUAAACAGUUACAAGCAAAUGGAUAGCAAUGUUUAUUUAGCACUUGGAUGAAGAAGACACCGAUAUAUAACUAGCACCAACAAACACACUCAUUUAUUAAUGAAUAUAUAAUAUUAUACAAAGGCCGAGUGGAUCACAUUUCUAGCUACAAAAUAACAAAAAAGAAAUAAAGUUCUUAACACAUUGCGAUCAACUUUACCUUAAGCCUUAAGAUGACACAGGGCGAAUUUACAAGCUGCAAACCAGCGAGUUCGUUAGUAGCUUGUUAACUCGCCCCAUAUCAUUGAGUAGCAGAUGGUAAAAAAGCCGAUGACAUGCGGCAAGUUUACAAGCUGCUAGCGAACUCGCGGGCUUGUAGCUUGUAAACUCGCCCUGUAUCAUUGAGGCUUUACUGUCACAUGAAACCUAUUGUUAAUUAAUAAUGUUUAUAAACUGUGAUUAAUUCAAUUCUAAGAAACAUUCAACAACAGAAGUUAACCUAUGAAAGUACAGUAUCUCUUUUGCAUUGAAAACAAUAACAUUUAGGACUUAGACCUGUAAUGUAAAACCCACCAUACAUGUUGUAUGUGAUGACUCUGGAAAGACUCUAUUGAAGUAAGGUGUAUGAACAAUCUUACUAAACUGGUCAAUCAGGAAUUUGUGACAAAUUAACUUGCAUUGAUUUAGGGCCACUAGUCAGUGCGUGUGGGCAUGCAUUAUAAAUAAGAUCUUUAAAGGAUGAAUUACUAGAUCAACACUGUAACUCAUGUGUUGUAAAAGUUUCUAAAUUAAUUAUACUGUACUAUUUUAACGUAAAUUGUGUGUGCAAAAGUAAAGCAUAACGAAAGGGAAGGAAAUUGUUAAUAUAUAAGCAAAAACACUAGAAAGUGAAUUUGAAAUAACUUAUGACCAUAGCCCACCAGCAGUCUAUAUUAUUAGACCUAUUAAGUGUGAAUGUGGUUACAAAAAUAUUUUAGUGUGAUAUGUUGUCUUGACGCAGGCUGUCUUGCUAACAGUAACACAUGAAAUAUAGUAAAGGACUAUGCCCAUGCAGCUACAUAGUUUGUCUGUAUAUUAAUAAACUAGGACUUAAUUUUUCAAUGGAUGUGACCAUGUAUGAGAGAUUACUUUCAGGCUUAAGUCAUGAGGCCUUGAGAAUUUUAAUUGACAAAAACAAGUCACCAUACCAGAUUUUACUUAAAAAACCUGAUCAUAUUAUAUAUUUUUAAGUAAACGAAAACUAUAGAGGGUGUUUAAACGUACAACCGUGUCCCAUGUACAACAACAAAAACUCGAAAAAAAAAGAUGGAAUAGCUUAUUAAAUAGUGAUACAACCCUGCAGAAUCAUUAGACAAGUUGUAGAUAAAAACCUUGGUGGUAUUAUUCUGCCUGAUUAGCAAGCAUCGCAUUAUGUAUGUACAGAUUAUUUUUACUGAUAUGUUUAUUUUAGUGGUUUAGACCAAGUUUUAAAUGUAAAUAUAGUUGUAUGUUGUAAAUACAAAUUUGACGCAUCAGAACACUGUCUGAAAGUGUUUUAUCGAGCAAGCGUGAUCUGACAUUUAUUAUGUGAAAUACAGUAUUGUGUAGUAUUGCAUAAGCAUAUUUGCAAAUAUCACAAGGUUGAGUCUACUCAUUUUUAUUUUCUUCUAAUGUGUUAAAUUUAUUGCAUAAUAGUGAUGGUAAAUUUGAUCCAAAAAUAUAUUUUAAUGCAUAUGCAUUUUUCAAAGAUAUUUUUUUUAUAGUUUUACUGUUGUAUUUAGAUUCCUUUAAGAGUCGACGCCAAAACACGAAUAUAGGGGUUCGGGAUAUGCCUACUUUGAUCUUAAAGUUCUAUUCAUUUAGAGAAGUUUUUUAUGACUCCAGUAUUUUCAUAACAUCCCAAUAAUAAUGAUUUAAAAGAAAUUUAUGACCAACUAAUAAAAACAUUUAAAAUUAUCCAAACUUUAUAUAAUGGAUGUCAUGUAGGCCCCCAAGCCAGGAACGCACAGUGUACAAUGAGUAAAAUAUGAUUUUAUUAUUAUUUAUUUUAACAGUUUUUUAUGGUGUCACUAAUUCUACUCUUAGGUAAUACAUACUUAUUUUAGAUGAGUACCAUUCUAUAUUGAUAAGUACUAUUAUAUUAAAUUUGGGACUCUCUCAUUGUAAAUAUUCGAGUCUUCUACUCAUUGUAAACUGUUAGUAGGGUGUAAAUCUCGGUUACAUGUUGUCUAUAUAUUCAUGUGACGAUGCAGUGAUAUUAAAAGUAAUAAACGUUACAUCAAUGUAAUGAAUAUAUUUUAUGUGACACAAACAACUGUUUAGUUGCCAUUUUAGAAUCAAAACUAGUCUAAUUAAUAGUGUCUUGUGAUUAAAAAAAUUAUAAAAUCGUUUGGGGUCUAUUAAAAUUUACAAUUGCAUUUUUAUAGCUUCUUAAAAUUAAUACUUGUAUGUAUGUCGGUACUGCAUUGUUAUCGGUGGGUAUACACAAUCAUGUGUAGUUGUAUACAUAUUGGUUUAUAUACCGUGAACUUACGCUUAAAGUUGUAAUUGAAAUGCCUCAAAUAUUUUACGCGAAUUAUUUUUGUCGUGUGUUUAGACUAAUUUUGUUCGCUGCCUCAACAUGUUGGUUAGACAUAACCUCGUAUUUCUCAGCAAUAAAAUGUUCAUAGACUGAACAAGUGCCACAGUUUACUGUCUUUAAUAAUGAUGUGUUCGGCAGACUUUUAUGGAGGUACAAGUGAACUUGAGAACAUUAAUGUAUUUUGCCAAGGAUUUGAACCAAUAUAAGACCUAAAAUAUUUUAUGGCAUUCAAUUAUAUUAAUAAUAUAGAGUUGUGAUUUGAACAUUUUUUAUAAAUUAUGAGAACGCGCUUACAAUGAUGACCAUCACUCUAUAUUUUGUGUUCUUAGAAAUAUGUGUUAGCUAACUUUUGUAUUAAAAACUAUAGUAAUGUUACAUAAUAUAAGAUUCAUAAAGAGCACUAUUGAAAAGAAACUUAGUAUUUCUAUAACAUUCGGAAUUAUGCAAUUAGCACAAAUGAAAGCUUCAUUAUGCAUAAUUCCAGAAAUAAACGAAUUUAAUUCGGUACUUCUGCGUGGAAGCUGUAGCGAUAUAUUGGUGGCUAUUCUAGCAUGAUUCUCUAAACCUAAACUUAAAUUUGACAGCAGUAUAUCCUUGUCAUUCUCUAUACAGAAUGAAAAGGAGAGACUGAUGUUAAAUUUAGUUUUAAGUUUAGAGAAUCACGCCAGAAUUGGCACCAUUGUUACUUUAUCGCUUCGUUGGCACACGUGCCACAAUUUAGUCGAUAUUCAAUAAUCUCGUAUAAAAACUUUGAAGCAUUUCAUGUUUUAGAGCUGUGAGGAGCUAUGUUUGUUUGCCUGGCAUUAAGUAACAUGCGAUGAGAGUAAAUUAUGUACUUUAAUUCCAGUGAAUAGAAAAUAGACUUUAUUUAGAAAAUAUUAAGGUACAAAUUUAUAGUAGGGAGUAUCAGGCCAGUUUAGUGUUUUUAAAAUUUAUUCGGCAUGAACUCGUGAACGCGAACAAGACGAUAACAGCAUCCCAAAGCCUUCAUAAUGUAAAAAUGGUGUAAGAAUUUUUUUAUCACUUAUGGCAAAUUAUUACUUUAUUAAGUAUGUAAUUGUUAUAAAUUAUAUUUAUCAUGACAUUAUAAGCAAAUUGAAAUACAACAUGUUUAAAAUGAGAUGGCUAUUCAUUAUUCUAUCAUUUCAUUUAUUUACAAAACUACAUCGCUGAUAUGCAUUUUGCAAUCGUAAAACGAGCAAGUCGCCACUAGGCUGUUCUCAAUAUGAGCCCAAUCUGCGCCAUACGCAAUGCUCUCGUGCUCUAAGUAUUCACAUGUCACGUCAAUAUGUUGAGCAUCUACCCGCAGGAUGCGGAAGCCGCCGUACAUGCAAGCUGCCAGGACCGUGUCUGGGCGAUAGGGGUGCCAUUUCAACCGCCACACACCGCCACCUACAUCUGUCUCCUCUGUGCAUUUCCUCAGGUUACGAGCGUCCCACAAUCGCACCUUCUCGUCGUAACUGUAAAAUCAAAUAUUUGAUUGGCGUGAAUUGAAAUGAAUGUGAAAUAUUGUUUGGUAUAUUGCCAUAUGCGUGCGCAAUAGGUGCCCAGCUCCAGAAACCGCAUGAUGUAGUAAUUACCAGCUUCGAACAAAAUGUACUCAAGUUUUAUAUACGUGUUACGCACUAGGCUUAUCAUAGUUAUAUUAUUAUAUAUGUGAGUUGUUUGUUACUCAAUCACACAAAAAAGGCUAAACGGAUUCUAAUGAAAUUAGGCACAUAUAGUUAACUACCUGGAUUGAGACAUAGAAUACUUUUUAGUCCGGAAAAUAAUCUUACUGUCUUGUGUAAUUCUCACACCACUUUUUUCGCGUGGACGGAGUCGGGGGCGGAAUGUAGUUAUUAUAUUAUUAUAAAUGUGAAAAUUUAUAUGUUUGUUACAACAGUUUGUCGCUCAAUCACGCAAAACGGCUGAACGAAUGCCCAUGUUUGGCACAGAUACCUAUAAUUUAUUACCUGAAUUGAGAAAUGAUACUUUUUAGUCCGGAAAAAUGUUAGGUUCUUGUGGGAAGUCGCAGGCAGAAGAUGUUAUAAAUUUUAAAGGUAUAAUGGACCUAAGAUGCUCAAAAAUAGUGUAAUUUUUUAGCACCACCGCCCAAUGAUUCAGAUUUACCCAGGGGCGUAUAUACUCUAGGGUCAAAAAGGGCUAUGGCACGCGGCGGCAGACUGAGAGCGGCGGCAAAAGCCGUACAAAGGCAUUCGUUUUUCAACUACCUAUAUUUAGAUUGGACUUACUAAUUCUACGGAGACGCAAAUAGUAAGGCGUUGAGCAGACGACGGGGCGGGGCGGGCAUUUUGUCCGCGAAGCAAUAAAGACCGCGUCUGCCCGUCGAUGUCUGCGGCUGCCCGCGCCACGUACACAAAGCACACGACGGGCAGAGGCGGUCAGUUUAGGACGUUCGUUCUAGUGAAUAGUCCAUCACUAAUAAGCGCGUGGCGCGGACUGAGCUGAUCGCCCCGCGCCGCCGUCUGCGUUACUGCAUAUAAACUGGUUUGUAUGAUCCACGGCGGGCAGCCGCGGUCUUUUUAUCCUCUGUGUGCGUUUGAAGUAUAGGAUUCACUUUGUGCUAUUAUUCGCGGCGAAAUUGACCGGCCCGCCCCGCCCCGUCGUCUGCAAAGUGCCUAAAAGCCCAGUGCGCCAGAUUUAGAAAUACGCCCCUGCCCCUGGAUUCACCCGACUCAAAAGAGUGUCAAUACACAUAACAAUACUAAUACACAAUACCCUGUAUACUGUAAGAAACACCACAAACCUGCCUGUCAACAGCUGAUGUUCGCAGUCCAUGUUGCUCCGCACCGCUGUGACGCCGGCCUCGUGGCUCCUGUUAGUCGACACCGCCGCAUCGGGCACUCUUACGUCGUAGCAUUUGAACACGCAAUCGUCACCACCUGCAUAUGGUAGUAUAGUUUUAGCUUGUGUGGGGAAAUAAAAUGUUUGGCCAGUAGGUAUUCUUAAACAAAAAAAAAACAGCGGAAACAGACAUGCAACAAUGCAGAUUAAUAUCAUCCAUGAUAUUUGUAAAAAAAGUGUUAUGUCGGCGAAAUUACUUAUUGGUCCUUCGAGCCGGAUACAAUAAAUCAUUAAUCCAGUUUUGAUUGCAAUUUAAUGCCUCGGCACUUACCACUGUAGAACACCUCUGUAUUCCAAUAAUUGAAUGCAGCUAUCCACGAUUCGAAAUUGUGUGAUUUCCAUGUAUUAGUCUUUUUCAUACCGUUCUCAGUCACUGUCAAAAUGGUCACUGAACCCGACGAAUCGCUAACCACCAACUUCGGCGGAUCAUUAAGCAUUUUAUUUGUAGACCAAUCUAGUGACAAUGCUAAAAUAUCUUUCCCUAUUUCUUCUUUGGUCCAUAAGUUAAGACUUAAACCACCAUUGUUUUCCAAACGAUAAAGUUCCACACAUCCCACUGAUGUUGCGACUGCCAACACAGGGUUACUUUGAAUAGUGUGAUAACACCAUUUUUGAUCCAAAACUCCAGCUGUGUCUAAUGUUUGAACCGGUGACAAAUCUCCGACGUUUUGAUUGACAACAAAUAGAUAAAUCUUUCCAAGCCUUGAUUGCUUCUUUGCUUCUUGAUCUUGAUCUAAAAGAAAUGUAACGUAUCGGUGAUUAGUGUACAUACUCUGAAGCCACGCAAAA